CACGUCCCGCCCCUAUCCAGUAUCGGCAAAAUGGCGACUGUGGACUGUGAUGAUGUGAACUCGGACCUUGACAUGGACAUGCUCAGUGACGAAGAAUUGGAAAGGGAAGGAGAGAGUUUCAAAGAUCAAGGCAAUGCCUUUUACAUCAAGAAGAAUUACUCAGAAGCCUUCAACUACUAUACCAAGGCCAUAGAUGUGUGCCCCAAGAAUGCAAGUUACUACGGGAACAGGGCGGCAACACUGAUGAUGCUGUGUCGGUACCGAGAGGCUCUGGAGGACUCCCAACAGGCUGUGCGUUUGGACGACACGUUCAUGAAGGGUCAUCUACGAGAGGGGAAAUGCCAUCUGUCUCUCGGCAACGCGAUGGCAGCGAAGCGCUGCUUCCAGAGGGUCCUGGAGCUGGAACUUGACAACAACCAGUGCCAUCAGGAGCUUAAGAAUGCAGAAUCCAUCCUUGAAUAUGAGAAGAUGGCGGAAAUAGGAUUUGAGAAGCGAGACUUUAGAAUGGUUGUUUUCUGUAUGGACCGAGCCUUGGAGUCGGCCCCAGCCUGUCACAGGUUCAAGGUGCUGAAGGCGGAGUGCUUAGCCCUGCUGGGGCGCUACCCUGAGGCCCAAGGCGUAGCCAGUGAUAUCCUCCGAAUGGACUCCACUAAUGGGGACGCACUGUAUGUCCGCGGCCUUUGCCUUUACUAUGAGGACUGCAUCGACAAGGCGGUCCAGUUCUUCGUCCACGCGCUGCACAUGGCCCCCGACCACGAGAAGGCUCGCCUCGCAUGCAGGAAUGCCAAGGCACUUAAAUCCAAGAAGGAAGAAGGGAACAAGGCGUUCAAGGAGGGCGACUACGAGGCUGCGUACGAGCUCUACUCUGCGGCACUCACAAUAGACCCCAACAACAUCAAGACCAAUGCCAAGCUGUUCUGUAACCGAGGAACUGUCGGGUCAAAGUUGAAAAAACUAGAACAAGCUAUUGACGACUGCACAAAGGCAAUUAAGCUGGACGAGAGCUACAUCAAGGCCUAUUUACGGAGAGCUCAAUGCUACAUGGACACAGAGCAGUAUGAAGAGGCAGUGCGGGACUACGAGAAGGUUUACCAGACCGAGAAGACUAAAGAACACAAGCAAUUUCUGAAGAACGCCCAGCUGGAGCUGAAGAAAAGCAAGCGAAAAGAUUACUACAGGGUGCUGGGGGUGGACAAGCAUGCCUCAGAGGAAGAGAUCAAGAAGGCCUACCGCAAGCGAGCGCUCAUGCACCACCCAGACCGUCACAGUGGUGCCAGUAUAGAGAUGCAGAAGGAAGAGGAGAAGAAGUUUAAGGAGGUGGGAGAGGCCUUCACGGUGCUGUCCGACCCCAAGAAGAAGGCCCGCUAUGACAGCGGUCAGGACCUGGAGGAGGAGGGUGUGAACAUGGGAGACUUCGAUGCAAACAAUAUAUUCAAGGCGUUCUUUGGAGGCCCUGGGGGCUUCAGUUUUGAAGGGAAUCCGUCAUCCGGACCAGGAAAUUUCUUCUUUCAGUUUGGUUAAUAAUCCCAGAGGAUUUCUGUACUUAUUAAUUCGCUACGUCAGGACACUUCUACACACAAAGCCUACUCUUAAGUUACACAUUUCGCCAUUUUAAAUUGAGAACAUAGUCUCUCUCUUUCUUAACGCCUGGGUGAAUGCUACCUUCCCUGAAAUUACAACAUGCAUCAAAAUAGUAAUAAUCACCUGGCAAGAGGCCUCAAACUAAGUUGACAACCCUUACUACGACUUUUGUUUUUUUGUUCUCUUGAAGGCAACUGAAGUGAGACUCAGGAACAGCAUUGUUCCUGUUGGGGAAAAAAAGGAAGAAAAUGAUGCCAAAAUGAAUCGACUUUGGGGUUUUCAUUUGAUGGCAGACACUGCAGUGACUGCAUUGGGGAGAGUGGGGAUGUGUGAUGUCCUGGGGACCCAGAGACACCAGUGCUUCGGGCACACUAUUGCCAAGCUUCCCUCAGCAUCACUGCAGCGCAUGUGUUCUCUGCAUGAAGCUAGCCCCCCCCUGUCACUGUAUAACCCCGCCCUGAGCUCCAUGUAUUGUAGCUGGAGCAACGUGUUUGUUAUUUUUCUGUGUCUGCCAGAAAUAGCUAAAUUUUAAUUUGGCUUAAUUCUGCCAGCGUUUCUGUCCUGGUAGCUGGAAGACCCCAGACUUGCACGGUAACACACGUGCGGCCUUAGCGCGGUGGAGAAGAGGGCAGCAGAGAGAUUAGCUAUGCUUGUACUCGCCAUUACCCUUGCGUUUUCCUUCCAUAGCGGUUUUUAUGUUCCUCAUUGCCAAUCACCUUUUGAUGCUCUGUACAUUUUACUGGAAUGUAAAGUGUUUAUUUAUGAUGGUUAGUAGCCCUUUUUUAUUUUGAUAAUAUGUAUAUUUAUUGUAAAAGAAAAAUCUGUCGACUCUUGAGUGUAAAAGUUGGGUUGGACACCUGUGAUAAGCAAGCAUGACUGGAAUAAACUCAGGAGAUACAAUUAGGCUUUGCUUGUUUUACACUAAUGUGGUUCAUGUGCUGACUAUAUUCCUCAAAUGUGACGCAGACUCCUGAUUUUUUUUGUUUCUCUUUUACAGAUGACCAUCAAUCUGUAUUUACAUUUGAAGUACACGGAAGAAGGUUUUGCUAAUUGUCUGAAGUUACAUAAUUAUGGCACCCUAUAAUUUAAACUCUACAGUUGCUUACUAAUGUUGAGUUUUGAGUGUUUCAUUCACUUGGCGUUCCUAAUGUAGUAGGACAGUAUCCUCCUUUUUGCUUUGGUAGCAAAGAAAUCAACUGACUGAGACAUUAUCAAACAUGGAAAUAAAGUGGAACUCUGAAGUAACUCCUCAA